AUGUCCUUUGUACAAGAUUACACUCAAGCAACUCCCUCACAUCACUACAAGAUCUCUCCUAAGAGAAUGCAGAGCCAACUGGUAAUGACCCCUUCUCCCACUCCGACGAAAAAACGCCGUGGUAGACCACCUAACAUGGCCACCAUGAUUCCAGAUGCUCAAGGAUAUUCCACGAGGUUCACAUCCAUCUCUACUAGCAACGCCUCUACAAGCUCAGCAGCUGCACUGAGAAAUGGAUCUCCCAACUUCAGCUCUCCCCUUAUGAGAGUAGGCUCCAAACUAAAAACUCCCAGGAAGAGACAAAGAAGUAGCGAUAGUACCAUUACGCCGACGUCUUCUAUUAGAUCUACAAACAAAGAACAAAUUGAUUUCAACCAGUUCAGUCUGCCAAAGACACAUGCAAUCCUUCAGAGUGUUUUGGGUGACGACAUGGGCAAUAUAAAUCAGCUUGUUACACCGCCAAUGCAGAGUCACAGUCAUUUUCCAGAUGUCUUGGAGAUGACACCGAACGUCAAUCCUUCCUUGCUUUUAUCGUCUCCCAUGACUCAGGUUUCCGACAAUCUUGCCCAGUUUAUAUCCAGAACUCCCCGCAAACCGGCACUGAAGGAAAAUAAAAUGGAGCCAUGCAUAUCUCUCACAGUAACAUCAGAUGGAAAGGCUGUCAUCAAAGAAAAGCUUAGUUUUGUGAAACAAGUUUCUUACAAGACGACUACGUUGACAAGGAAUCCCAUGAGGCCCAAAAAGCACAAUCAAAGUCUGAAGCUAGGAUCUGACCCUCUAUUGGGAGGGUUUUCCAAUUCUGAUCUACUAAAUAUGACAAGCAGUAGUGACGAUAAUGAUGAAGAUAGGGAAAAGGAAGAUGAGAUAGAUGCUCGGCAGGCACUAUUAAGGGUAUUUGGGUAG